AUAUGGAGGUCGAAGUGUUGUAUAUGAAUGUGCAAAGUAUAAGAAAUAAGCUUGAGGCUCAGUUGACUAAAAAAUCUUGGUUAAAAUGAUAAGUUCUGAAGGGACAUCUAAAAGAGUGAGUGUGAGGGGCUUGAGGAAGGGAAUUCCUGAGCUCAGGAUCUAGACAUUGAAGGCACUGCCCUCAUUUGUAUUAAGGAUGUUUAUGAGGUGGAGAUGCACAGGAAUCUUGGAGGAUUUUAGGGCUGGGUGAUUUUUUAAAAAAUCCAAGUCAAUUCAGUGGGCCAGAAAUUUUCUCCUGCAGCCAUGAAGAUGCUCUGGGUAUUCCCGCUGAGUUACUCCAGCUUUAUGUUUAAUUUCAAGAGUUAAAUAAAAAACAGAGUGCUGGAGGAACUCAGCUGUCUAGGCGGGCGGCAUCUGUGGAGGGAAUGGAUUAGGAGUUGUUUCGGGACAGGGUUCUUCUGCAAUAGGAAGGAACUACAGAUCAAAGAUACUAGAGCGGAUACUAGUAUCUUUGCUGCAGAUCAGGCAUGGUAUUCUUUUGAUUUAAAUCGGAAUUCUGGUUUUAUUGUUUUCCUAUUUGUCCAUUUUUUGUGCCCUAUUAUUUGGAGGCCAAUCAACUGCUGUCUCUAAAUGGGUUGUGUCCAAUCACCCACCAGCUUCCCUUAAAAUUCCCGCCCAAUCAACAAAUCUGCCUACUCUCGUCCAAUCAGCCGCUGUCUCCAAGGGCAUUGUAUCCAAUCACAUAAUGCGCUGGUCACUAGGCGGACAAUCAGACCGUCUCCGAGGGGUCUUUUGAUCAAUCACUGACCUGCUUCCCUCACGGAAGCAGAUGAUGGCUGCAGCCAACACACAGAGAGAUAUGCAAGAAAACAGCUAAGACAUAUAAUAUUCACAAUAAACAAGCUAUGCAUUCUUGUACUCUUACAUGCGCAUGACCGCAUAUUUUUAAAAAUCCCCUUCCCAACCUCAGCCUGGUAAGGGAUGUUAACCGGGGACUUACGGAGGGCACGGUCUCUGCGGAAAUGGGUGGAGAUGGGAAGAUGUGGCUAGCGGUGGGAUCCCGUUUUGGUCGGAGGGUUUUUGACACCUGACCCGAGUCAAUCAUGUGUCCGCACUCAGGACAUCGCGGUGUUGUGGAUUGGAGUAGUUGGGCCCUCCGAGCUCUGGAAAUUGUGGGGCCAUUAAUUCCCUGUAGUGAUGCCACGAUUCCCGAGUUUCUGUGACGUCACGCCCCCAUAGUGACGCCACGGUACCCAGGUUUACGUGACAUCACGGCCCCCACGUGCCCGUUCCCGGGGGUCAUGACGCCACGGUACCCGGGUUUCCGUGACGCCGCGCUCCGGGGCGGUUCCCUCCGGAUCUUUGGUUCCCUCCAACGGUUGUGGAGCUCGGGCCGAUGCUGGCGCUCGGGCUGCUGCUGUGGGCCGCAGCGACACGGGCCACAGAGGCACAGACCGCUCCGCCUCUCAAUCCGCCCAUUGUGGUGCACUGUCCGUCCGGGGUGAGCCACAGGCUGGACUCGGAGGUGCGCUACACGUGCCUGUGGCAGUUCGCGCUGAUUCUGUCCUUCGAGCCCAGCCCUGGCACCGACGACAGCGGGUCCGCCCCAAUCGUCAGGUGGUUCGUCGACGAUCAAUUAGUGGCGAUGAGCUCACGAUGGUCGGGCCGCCAGAGAUUGACCUGGGUGCCGCUCGGCCCGGGCAUCAAGUUGACCUACGAGUCGGUCUCCUGCCCCGACUGCAUCUACCGGGAUGUAAUAAUCCACCUCGAGCACCUGAACGUCCUAUUCUUCCGCCUGCGGCCCGGCAACUCCCCGCUCGUCCCGCUGGUCUGGUGCACAAACCUCCGCAGCGCGGUCUGGAGCUACCGCCUGAGCUGCGCCGGGGCCACGCCCAGCUCCAUCAGCCGGGACGGCGACAGCCCCGACCAGACGCCGAUCGACCACCUACCCGACGACAAACAGGCCGAGUGCUCCCCCCGCUUCCUGUUCGAGGCCGAGGUGCUCUUCCCGCAGCCGGGAAACUACUCGUGUAGCCUGGACGUGGCCGGCGCCCCUUUCAACGCUCUCCGGGUCUCUAUCGAGGUCGGCAUGGCGAUGACCCUCCUGCUGAGCGCCCGCACCGCUGCCCUGCCCCGGGAGCGGACGUUGAUAGUGUCCUGGCAACUGUCGGCCAGGGCCGGCAUCUUCUCCUACCAGCUAGCCGCCCGCCCGCUCGCCCCCAGCUCCUGGACCCUGACUUACCACCCCAACGCUGUGGCCGUUCAGCUCUGCCCCUGCACCUGGCCCCACAGCAGCCAGUGUGUGGCCCAGUUGCUCUCGCUGCUGGACCGUUCGGUUGACCUCAGAGUUUCCACCACCACCAUCACCUUUCAGGGCGGGUCUGUGCAGUUCCUUAACAGUGGCAGGCUCAUCCGGCUGACACCCGACCCCAACACUCCAGGGACUGUCUUCUACUACAUUGGCUCCAGCAAUCAGCUGUACUACUCCAGAAUAGAUGGUCCACCUGGAAGCCACAAGCACUUCCUCUUCAUCAGAGCUGAAGAAAUCAACCAUCUCUUACAGAUAGAUUACAGCAGCCCCCAGCAGUAUACACUCACCGUCCAACUCUACUUGAACCUAGAAGGGAACAUUUACAAUUCUUUAAAGGGUCUGAAUGUCAGUCUCUCGCUGUUUAACAGUGGCCCCAAAAGAAUAGGUAAACAAGCUAAUGUGGUCUGGUUCAUUCCCCGUCAGCAUCCUGCCCUGCAGUGUGCUUGGAACUUUAGACUGACCAUUGAUAACAAAGUCAGCUCACAUGGUUAUAAGCAGAUGGUUAAGGAUGCACAACGGUAUAUCCCGGAUAUCCAGCUACCCUUUGACCCCAAGCAAUAUUGGGGUUACUUGUACAAGGUAUAUUGUUCAGCUUCUGGGGAUAAGCUGAUCCAGAUCAAUGCAAACAUUGGUACUUAUAGUCCCGCCCCAGUGGACUCCAUUCUGCUCUGCCUCCUGGCACGCUGCCAGGUGCCCUCGCCCACCAUAGAUAUUCCACCUCCUCCUUACACCAUUACCCAGAGCAGCAAAGGCACUGCUCUGGAUAUGUAUGGAAAUGCUGGCUUACACUGCGAUAAAAUUAAAUCAUUGACCAUCUCUUGGAAGGUUUAUACUAUGGCAGACAGGGAUUCAGAGCCAAAUUGGGCUCAUAGUGUGCCGCUCCCGCCCAGUGUACGCACCACUACUGCCACCCUGCACCUACCCAGAUUAAGUUUAGAUUAUGGAUUCUAUCGCCUCAUCCUGAAUGUGAUAAUUUCCACUACAGAUCCCAAUUUGCCGUUCCUCAACAACUCAGCCCAAGCCUCUGUUGAAAUAACUAAAAGUGCACUGUUUGCAGUGAUUGCUGGGGGCUCUUUUAGGACAGUUGGUUUGGAGGACACCAUCACACUGGAUGCUUCCCUGAGUGCUGAUCCUGACUCACCCCAUCCGCUAGUUGGAUUGAACUUCUCUUGGUAUUGUACAAUGAAACUCUCAGACUACAGCACCAUGACACUCUCUGCAAAGCAAUAUUGUCAUCGUGGUAACCUUGCACUUAAAUGGAACCCCUCUACACCCCAAACUUUGGUCUUCCUUCCCCACACGCUGGCCCUGAAUAAGAGCUUUCACUUCCGAGUGGUAGUUCAGAAAGACACAAGGACCAGUUACUUUGACCAAACCAUCAGAGUCCUCCCUAGCUUUGUGCCAAAGAUGUUAAUAACUUGCAUUGAGAAUUGCCAAAGGUCCUUGUCACCAACAGAUCGUUUCAUCUUGGCUGGGGUUUGCUCCAAUUGUCCAGAUUCCAGUCAGAUGAAGUACCAAUGGAAUCUGCUUUCAAGGGACUCAGCCUCUGAAGUGAAAUUCGAUUGGUCAUCAGAAAGUCUCACUGGAAACUCCAUGAAUUAUGUGUCUUUGAAUCCCUCAUCGUUUAUACACUUGGUCGAUGAGUGGUAUACAUUUGAAUUGAAAGCCACCACUUUCAUUGGUUCCCAAAGUCUCAACAGAUACAACUUUUACGUCAACUCCCCCCCAAAGGAUGGACACUGUGGUAUCACCCCAAAUUACGGAUGGGCCCUUCAUACUAAUUUUACCUUAACAUGCUUGAAAUUUCAGGACAAAGAUCCACCCCUCCGUUACAAGGUGAUUGCGAAAACGUACUAUCCAACUGGCAAUAUUGAUAGUCUGAAGAACAACAUUUUGGGUGUAAUUGUAUACUUUGGAUUUAGGCCAAAACUUACAACCUUUUUCCUUCCCGUGGGGAGCAUCUUUGGCAAUAAUGUUCUGAUUUUAGCUAUCCAAAUAUUUGAUAAACAGAAUGUCUAUACAAGAAUCAACCUUAAGGUCAAAGUAUAUGAUGUCCCAUUUGAUCCAAUUAAGAGAUCCAUGGUGGAUCAUCUAUCCAGCUUUGUGGAAGGAAAGAAUGCACUUUUGACGACUCUGCUUCAUGAAACAGAUUAUCUGAGAGCAAACAGGCUGCUUUACAUCGUUGCUUUCACUCUGAAUUCUAACACCUUCACGGACAAAGACAAGGCCAAGGUCAUUAAGCUACGUGAAACUCUUCUCAAUGUUUCUGCCAGCAUUCCGGUCACAUCCCCCUUCCUUAUUUAUCAAAUAUCUGCAUCAAUCUUUGCGGCAGCUGAAAAGGAGGAUGAAGUCAAUCAAAAUGCCCAGCGCCUUGCUUCCACAAAACUGUUAGAACUUUCGUUGGUUCUUCUGAACUAUACGGAUGAAGCCUUGAUUCUCUCCGAUAGUGUUGAGCAGUUGGCUUGCAGUAUUCUGACCGCGGCCUCCACUGUGAUGGCUGCCUUUACCUUCCAGUUUUCUGCUCAAGGCUCUGCAAUGGUCAUCCCUCUAACCAAAAAUCAGCAGCAGGUGGUAGCUGAUAUAUUCCCUACCCUAAGGAUUUUGACAGAAGUAGUGUCUCGCAGCAAAGUCCCUGGUCAAAAAGAUACAACAAUGACAACUAGCCAAUGGGAAAUAACUAUGAGAAAAGUUGAGAAAGGCAACCUUGAGGAUUCCUUUCUUUCUGACCUGGAUUGUGCCAAUUGCUUUUACCCAGUAACAGAGGAAAGUGGGAUGGGAGCGACACAGCCGGUGACCUCUGUAAUAUAUAAGUUUGAAAAGAAUCCUUUGCCGUGGCUUGGGAAUGCAGAACACAUUGUUACAGAUGUGAAUGCCUUCCACACAACUACUCUGGAUAGCAAUGGAAGUGUGGUAGACUUGGUCACCAAACAAACAGAGGCCCUUAUGGUCAGAAGGGAUGUUAUGUUCGUUCAAAGAAUUAAAUUAAUAAAAGAUCCCACAUCAUUUAAUAUGAUCAGAGCUGUGUUCAGGAUUGUAGUGAGCUCCACCUCAGCUACAGAAGUCUUCCUCCAGUUAACUAUGGAUUUGAAUCCUGUCUUGACAGUUAGCAUUUACUCAGGGAAGGCAUUUGCUGACCAGGUUCCAGCUCAGAAACAUAUUAUUCCACAGUGUGAGUCAGUCCCAACUCCACACAGAGGUGUCCAUAUACCGGAUCCUUAUAUCAUCAUGAUCCCAAUCAAUCUGUUCCAGAUAAAUGAAACUGACCCUAAGCGUAGCAGAUACAUAAGCGUCAUUGUUGAAACAAAGUAUAAAAAGCCGCGAGCAGUUAUUAAGGAGGGGCUUGUGAUCUCUGUUUUUACUGUGAGCUGUCUGUCUUUCCAAGGGAAGGCUGACAAUUGGGAUUCUGCCUCUUGCACAGCAGGCCCUCUUACAAACAGUGAAAAGGUACACUGCAUCUGCAGAAAUGUUUACAGUAACAAAACCAAGAGGAGCCUGAGCUUGAAGUUUCCCUGGUUCCUGGCUGCCAGUAUCUUGGUCAUGCCCAAUGCUAUUGAUUUGUAUGAAAUUGGAGAACUAAUUGUCACCUUGCCAAAGAAUGUAGUGACACUAAUUACAGUUUUAAUCAUUUUCCUCAUCUACUUCUUAGUGUUUUGGUGGGCAUGGAGAAAACGUGAGAGCGACAAGAAAAAAAUAAUUAUUCAUCCUGACAAUGACCCCUGUGAUGCCGCUCUUUACUUGGUGACCAUUUAUACAGGGGGCCGACUUAAUGCUGGGACAACGGCAGAUGUCUUUCUGAUUCUGGUCAGCAUGUCUUCUGAGAGCAAUGCUUAUCUUCUCCGUCACCCGGAUCAUCAGACUUUCCAAAGAAGUAGCGUGGACACCUUCCUGCUCACCGCCAAAAUUGAUCUAGGAGAGCUUACCUUAAUCAGAGUCUGGCACAAUAAUGUUGGACACUCGCCCUCCUGGUAUCUCAGCCGUGUAAAGGUGCAAAAUGUGUUAACUAGACAGCAAUGGCACUUCUUCUGCAGAAAGUGGCUAGCUACCAUGAAAGGUGAAGGUCUAUUGCUCGGCACAUUUCCAGUUAGUAGUACUGGUAACCUUUUGAGGAGACAGGAUGUCUUUUUCAUCGAAGUGUCCAGCAGGAUUGAGAAAGAACACUUGUGGUUCUCUAUCUUUGCCCUCCAUGUUGACGAGUCCUUCACCAGGAUUCAGCGGUUGUCCUGCUGUUUGGCUAUGCUGUUGUGCAGUCUGCUAACCGGCAUUGUGCUCUUCCAAGUAGAGGAACAGAAAGAAUUUUGGUACAAAGUAAGGAUUUCUCUUGCGAUUGCAGUUGAAAGUGCAUUGGUGAUGAUCCCUGUUGAGCUCUUAAUAUCUGGUCUGUUUGUAUAUGCACAAAGGAAGGGUGAAUCCUUAUUGGUGGAGGAAGACCAAGACGUUGCCGGCAAAUCAAAUGACAAUAUCAACGUGAAAUCAAAUUGGAGAGAGAGGUUGAAGUACUGGUACUUGAUGGACAAACCAGUCAGUGAAGCUGAAGAAAUUCCCGAGAAUGUGGUGGAUAUGCCAACGUAUGAGCACUACAAUUAUUUAUCCUAUAUUGCGGGUAAGGAUAACAUCCUUGACCCCUCAGCUAAAGAAAACAACAACUGUGUCAUUCCGCAGUCUGUGGCAGAUCAAAUUUCGAAGGAGGAGGAUGUGGAAGAAAUGGGUGGUAGAGAGAAGAAGGCUACAAUAAAGGCCAAACAAUUGGCAAAGCCUCAUCAAGUUAGAUCUGCAAGACAGGAGAGACCGAAAGGUAGAUUUCAUCUAUCCAAAAGCAUAGGACCAAGGAUAUUUUCUCAGUGUCUCAUGUACCUUGCGUGGUGCAUUGUUUGGUCAGUGUCAAUUGUGUCUGCAGUGUUUAUCGUACUCUAUGGACUAUCAUAUGGUGUACAAACCUCUUGGUUAUGGCUGAUUGCUUCUACUGUUUCCUUUCUCCAGAGCAUUUUCAUUCUGCAGCCCCUGAAGAUUAUGGCCUUUGUUGCUCUUUUUGCCUUGAGCCGCAGACGGUCUAGGGAGAUGGACUGGUCUAUAGGAAUACAGGUGCUGACGAUUAGUGCAGAUAACCUUCCCAAAAAUGACAGUGACUGUCUCUAUUUAGAACCCCGAGUCAGAAAGCAGUACAGGCCACUAGAAGGUGAUGAGCUCAUAUUGGUCAAGAAGAAAGCGAUGAUCAAACAUCGCGCAUUUGUGCUGUGCAGACGGAUGUUGUUGCAUCUGAUUUUCCUUGGACUCCUGCUGCACUCAGUGUGCUUUGCAGAUUACAAUAAUGCUUACUAUUACAACAACAUCAUUCAGCAAAAAUUUUCGGAAAAUCUGGAGGACGUUAACACAGUCCAAGAGUUCUACAGCUGGAUGAAGGACAUUUUCUUGCCCUUGAUUCACAUUGACUCAUAUCUGUAUUUAUUUAAUGACACCAACUCCGUGAUCAUAGGGUUGCCGCGAAUGAGGCAGAUCAGAUCCAAACAAAGAUCAGCAGAUUGCUUUAUAAAGGUCAAUGAAUUGUCCAUCAUACUGGGUAAAUUCCGUUGUCGACCCUUGUUUAAUAUUAAACAGGAAGACACCAAGAAUUACAAUGGUUCCUGGGAACUGUCGAUUGAAAGUAUUUCCAUGAAGGACUCGUUAGAAUACACUGGUUGGUUGUACGAAGCAAAAGAUUCCCCUUGGUUCUAUAAUACACGAGGGGAAUAUCAUCAAUAUUCAUUGGGGGGCUACUCCAUAUACUUCUCCCCAUCUAACUUACAGACUUCAUUAGAAAGAUUAAUGAUCCUCCAGAAUCACAGCUGGGUUGACAGGAGCACAUGGGUGGUGGUCAAUGAACUCACUGUUUACAAUGCAAACGUUGACUUAUUAUGCAGCAUUUCGCUAAUUGUGGAGACAAUCCCUCUCGGUGUGAUCAGCAAGACGUUGUCGGUGAAAUCCUUUUCCCUUAGGCUCUUUAAGAGAAGUGAAACAAACUGGAUCUUCAUUAGCAUUCUCUUCAUCUUUUUCCUUGUCAUAUUUGUCGUACAAGAAUUAAGGACAAUGAGACAGAAAGGAUACAUGUACUUCCAGAAACUGGAAAGUCUUACUAACUUGAUCAUGACUUUAUUGCUGCUGAUAGCAAUAGUUCUUAACGUAGCCAAAUUUUUAUUAUCACAGAGUAUGUUGAAGUUCUACGAGAAGAAUCCAACCUCAUUCAUAGCUUUCCAUGUCAUUUCUGCCUUGGAUCAGCUGCUCAGAAUUAAUGUGACUUUCCUAGUCUUUGUCACAAUUGUGAAGUUGCUUAGGUAUGCACGGUUCCUCUACUAUGUACGUCUCGUUCAGGAGGCCAUUAGGGUCUACCUACCUGCUCUCAGCUCCAUGGCUCUGCUAAUGAUUGUGUGUUCACUUAUUUUUAUAUUUUUGGGGUACCUGCUCUUUGGUCAGUUUGAUAAGAAUUUCAAUACAUUCAUUCAUGCAGCACAGACCAUUGUGUCAUACUACACAGGAGAAUUUGACAACACAGAAUUUCCCUCGAAUAGGGUUAUUGGUGGCAUCUACCUGGUAAUUUUUCUCUUUAUUAUAAACAGUAUCCUCAUAAAUCUUUUUGAAUCUGUGGUCAUCCUGUCUUAUGGAGAUAUGAGACAAGUCAUUCAUGAAAAGCCAGCUGAGGAGGCAGAAGCGGCAGCCUUUAUAGUGCAGGAAUUUCGACGUGUGUGGUAUGCAUUGUGGAGGAAAACUCCCCCAGAAGGUGGCAAUGAGUUUCUCUCAACUUUGCUUUAUGGAAGUGGCUCCAAAAGAACUUAUGGGUUAAAAUGGAAGAAACUUAAAGGGAAGAAGGAGAAUUAUCUAUUUAUUUGAUUACCCAAACCUGCUGACUAAGAAUCCAACAGGGAUGGACUCCUAAGAAAUGGAGGAAAUGUAGGCAGGUAACAGUCAGUUCAAAAUACUGCUUUAUUUUUAAGGUGGUUUUACUUUGGUAUAGGCAUUUAACCAGUUUCAUGAGUGGCAGAUAGAUAGUUUCAGUUAUGCAUGGGUUAAUUUAUCUGGAAUUAGCAAAUAAUUCCUCUGACAUCAUGUAGUUCACUCUGAUAAACUAUGAUAACUGCCACAGUCUGCAGCUGUUCCACACACUGGUAGAGCAAUAUGUACAGGCUUAAAUGUUCAUGGAGUUUAUUUAAUUAACACCGAUAAAAUAGUUUCAAGAUGUUAUCCAGUUUUCCUGUAAUUGAAUCAAUGCUCUCAACUGUUUACGGUGACAAAUUAUUGCAAGUUUCAUUCGCUUAAAUCCUUCCUUAAUUUUUUCCAGCAACUGUGUGAAUUGCUUAUUUGUUUUAAACCUUCAUCGGACCAGUUGUAGAAUUGGAGUUCGUUACGAAUUCAUAAUUUUAAUUUAUCAAAAAAUAACAACUACUCCAAGGUGAAGAAGAAAAUUAGCCCUAAAAAAGAAAUAGAGCAUCCCUAUAUUUUGAUGUCUGAUUUAAUUUUUUUCAGUUGUAAAAUAUAAUAGCCAAUCAGAACCCCUGGGUGAACCAUUCAGAAACAUCAUUCUGGAAGCUUGAAUAAGAGAUAUCAGGUUAACAGGUAGAUUAAUAGAUUGGUACGAAAACAGACAAAUAGGGGUGCUAAAUUAGACAUACACUUUUCUUUUACCUUUAAUAUAUAUAUAUAUAUAAAUAUAAUAUAAUCUAUUCCCACAUGCUAAAGAUAUUUUGCUUAUGCUGGUGGGUAACAUUUGAAUUAGGUGGGAAAGGAACAGAGCAUGUGAGAAACAGCAUGUUUAGUAAUAAAUGGUCAGUGUGGGGAUGCUGGGUUGAACGGCCUGUUUCCAGGCUGUAUGACAAUAUACCAAUGACAGAGUGCAUGAAGGAAGCAGUGCUGGAUCUAGUUAUGGGACUUAAGUGAAUCAAUUGAAAUUUCACCAGGAGAGCAUUUGGGGAGCAGUGAUGGAAAUGUCAUUAUUAGUGUAGUUUCAUGUCACAGUGAAUAUUAAAGUUCUAAAUGUACUCAAGUCUAGGUGACUAGUUUAAUUAGUUUCAGCAGGGAUAUAAUCUAGGUGGAUUAUAGUUAUAUUUUUAGGCUAUGGCAGCUCAUUCCAAAUAGUUCCAAAACAGUUCCAAUUAUUUCAUAUAACUAGCCCUCCAGUUCUAUAGAUUUCUCCACCCUACAACCCUCCCCAGGGUCCUACCAUUCACUCUUUUUGACCUGCUCUUGUUUAAUUUACCAAAAUGCAUCACCACUUUUGGCUGAGUUAAAAUCCAUCUUCCUUAUUUUGCCCACUUUGCCAGUUGAUUUUGAUCAUAUUGUAACCUUAGACAACAUGCAUCACUCUUCAGCAUGACCAGUUUUGGUGGCAUCUGCAUUUUUUCUGUUCAUGCCACAUAUUCUUAUCCGAAUUGUUAAGGUAUAUAACUGGCAAUUAUGGACCCAGCACCAAGCCCUGACACACUCUGGCCACAGGCCUCCAAUCUGAACAACAAUCUUCCAUUACCACCCUACGCCUCCUAAUAUUAAGCAAAUUUUGUACCCAGUUUGUUAUCUCAGCCUGUAGUUCUGUUGCUUGGCUUUGUAAUCCUUAAAUCCUCCAGAUGUAUGGUGUACCACCUGUGGCUAAUGUAGAUGCAAUAAUCUGUGCCUGGGCACCAAUAAUCUCAUUUGCUUCCCACCAUGUCCCAGGAUACAUUUGUUCAGGCCCUGGAUAUGUAUCCACUUUUAUAUGCUUCAAGAUCACCGACACUUCCUCCUGCUUAAUGUUGAUAUGCUGUGGAUGUUACUGUUCCCUUUGCUGAACUUGCAAGCUUCUGUGUCUUCUCUCCCUGGCAAAUAAAAUGAAAAAUAUUCAAGACAUCACCCAUCUCCUGCACUUUAAUGAACCAGCUAUACAAGUCUUUGGUGAGAUCAUAUUUGUAAUACUGUUG